GUAGCUGCGGGUGGCUGUGGUGGUGGCGUCCAAGAUGUCGACCAAGAAUUUCCGAGUCAGUGACGGGGACUGGAUUUGCCCCGACAAAAAAUGUGGAAAUGUAAACUUUGCUAGAAGAACCAGCUGUAAUCGAUGUGGUCGGGAGAAAACAACUGAAGCAAAAAUGAUGAAGGCUGGGGGUACUGAAAUAGGAAAGACACUUGCAGAAAAGAGCCGAGGCCUAUUUAGUGCUAAUGACUGGCAGUGUAAAACUUGCAGUAAUGUAAAUUGGGCCAGAAGAUCAGAGUGUAACAUGUGUAAUACUCCGAAGUAUGCUAAAUUAGAAGAAAGAACAGGAUACGGUGGUGGUUUUAAUGAAAGAGAAAAUGUUGAAUAUAUAGAAAGAGAAGAAUCUGAUGGAGAAUAUGAUGAAUUUGGACGUAAAAAGAAAAAAUACAGAGGAAAGGCAGUUGGUCCUGCCUCUAUAUUAAAGGAAGUCGAAGAUAAAGAAUCAGAGGGAGAAGAAGAGGAUGAGGAUGAAGAUCUUUCUAAAUAUAAAUUAGAUGAGGAUGAGGAUGAAGAUGAUGCUGAUCUCUCAAAAUAUAAUCUUGAUGCCAGUGAAGAAGAAGAUAGUAAUAAAAAGAAAUCUAAUAGACGAAGUCGCUCAAAGUCUCGAUCUUCACAUUCACGAUCUUCAUCACGCUCAUCCUCCCCCUCAAGUUCAAGGUCUAGGUCCAGGUCCCGUUCAAGAAGUUCUUCCAGUUCGCAGUCAAGAUCUCGUUCCAGUUCCAGAGAACGUUCGAGAUCUCGUGGGUCGAAAUCAAGAUCCAGCUCCAGGUCCCACAGGGGCUCUUCUUCCCCACGAAAAAGAUCUUAUUCAAGUUCAUCAUCUUCUCCUGAGAGGAACAGAAAGAGAAGUCGUUCUAGAUCUUCUUCACCUGGUGAUCGCAAAAAAAGACGAACAAGAUCACGGUCACCUGAAAGGCGCCACAGGUCAUCUUCUGGAUCAUCCCAUUCUGGUUCCCGUUCAAGUUCAAAAAAGAAAUAAUGUAUUAAAAAUUACAUCUUAAAAAAAAAUAUCCAGUACAGUGCAUGAAGCAUAUUUUUUAAGAAGUUGAUGUCUUACUUGGUCAGAAGUGCUAAAUCUGCUAGUAGAGGUGCAUGCCUUUAUUGCUUUUCAGAAUAAUACAACUGUGUUUAUUUGUGAAAUUAAAAGUAAAUUGCAUUUUAAGCCAUAAUGUCCCAAAAUAGAUGGUCUAUUAUUCAUUAUUUACAACCAUUUGCUUCAUUUAAAACCAUCUCAGCAUAACAAAGUACCUUUGUUUCCUAAUUUAAAUACUUAUUUCUAAAUAUAUUCUGUCUGUUGGCUAAGACAGGAUUAAGUAGGCUUGCCUGUACUUUGGGCAUAGAGGCAAGAGUGGUAAACUCAUUGGAAACAACCUUUUUAAUGUUAUUAUUAACCUAUAUCAGAGUAAUUCUUACCAGGACAAGUUUAAGUUGUAAAGCAGCCUACUGGAAACUUCUUUAUUUGAAAUUCGCUAUGCUGAGGGUGCCUUAGAAUCAUUGUCUCUCUUUAUGCAGCUUCACACCAGUUUUGCACCACCACAUUUAUGCAAAAAGAAUCUUGUGAUUUGAAGAAGGAGAAAGGUGGUGUUCAUUUCCUUUAUGAACCAUAUUGGGGCAAGAAAGUCCAGUUCAUCUGUUCUCUACUAAUAUGGUUGCCUGAUUUUUUUUUUUUUUUAAUCUCAAAAUGUUUGUCUCAAAAGUUUAAGAGGCUUUGUGUGAUAUCCUUUAAAGAUCUAGUAUCAAAUAUGAUAGGGUAGAAAAGGCUAAAUCAUAGUUAAUGAGCAAAUUAAAGAAAGCUUUUGAACUGUAUAUCCCUUUCAAUGAAAGACCAACAGAGACAUUGUGAAUUCAAAUAUUUGCCUUGAUGUUUAAGCACAUUACAUAAAAUUUUCUUCUGGAUAACAAGUGAGUGCUUAUUUCUGCAUGAUAUAAGCAAAAUUUUAUUUUUUUUCCUAUUCACUUGAAAUAACUUAUGGCUUAAAAUGCUCUUAGCGUUUUGUUUCUCAGAAUUAAAAUCUGGUCACUUGAGCUCUAUUUGGUUUUCUGGUUUAAAAAAGGUUUCUCUUAACAGUGUCUUCAGUGACAAUGCAAGGUAAGUAUUAAAGGAAAUCAAAAAUUGUGCUUGGGGGCUUUUUGUUAUGGGAUACUGCUUUUGUUUUUGUUUCUGUUUUUGUUUUUUCUUUUUCCUUAACAUUGUCUGCUGCAAUUUAAAUAAAAUUUUAAACAUUUUAAGGUAUUUAGUAGACAGACCAAACAAAAUUACAUUUGUUUUUAUUUUAAAGUGAAUGUUUUUCUCUUCAACCAAUCUAAAAACAAAAUACCUUAUGUAGAAAUAUUUUCAUAAUAUUUUUACUACAAGCUUUCCCAUGUUUUUUAUGUCUUAAUUUUCCUUGCUACGUUUACUAUAGGUUGCACAAGAAUUUUACUCUCUUGUAAUUGUGCCUCAGACUUUUUGGAAGUCCACCUUCUAAAUUGCCCAGAUGAUGAUCUAGAUUCUACAUGUUACAUUGGUUUAUUCUUGUGCUCUCUUGUAUUUAAAACUUUGGCUGUACUAAGCAAACGCAAGGUUAUAAAUUUAGCUAAUAGGAGUUUACAGACAAUUCAGAUGAUUAUGAUUUCUUGGUUUAACUGAGCUGUACUAGUUCAUUUCAUAAGGAAAUGAUGCUGUAGACAAAUGUAAAUAAAGUCUGUGAGUCAA